ACCACAGUUGAUACGCGACGGACGUGUCGAUCGUGAUCGUAUAAUUUUAGAGUUGAGUUAGUUAGUGAGCGAGUUCGAGCAGUCGUCGUAAUGGCACGUACAAAGCAGACAGCCCGUAAGUCCACCGGCGGUAAGGCGCCGCGAAAGCAGCUCGCCACCAAGGCGGCCCGCAAGAGCGCUCCCGCCACCGGCGGCGUGAAGAAGCCUCACCGUUACAGGCCCGGCACCGUCGCGCUGAGAGAGAUCCGUCGCUACCAGAAGAGUACCGAGCUGUUGAUCCGCAAGUUGCCGUUCCAACGUCUGGUGAGGGAGAUUGCGCAGGACUUCAAGACCGACCUCAGGUUCCAGAGCUCCGCCGUGAUGGCGCUUCAGGAGGCGAGCGAGGCGUAUCUGGUGGGUCUCUUCGAGGACACCAACCUGUGCGCCAUUCACGCCAAGCGAGUGACGAUCAUGCCCAAGGACAUCCAACUGGCGAGACGCAUUCGCGGCGAGCGUGCUUAAUUUUGCGUAAUAUGUAUACAUAACAUAACAUAUUAUUAUUAUUAUUAUUAUUACUACAACAAAAGGCCCUUUUCAGGGCCGCAUAUGAUUCAAAUGAUGCAUCUAAUUGUGCACACUCAACAGUAGUGCCACAGUCAGACAGACAUCACGUGUCGAACGAUUAAAACGUAAAACUUUUAAAAUAAAAUAAAAAAAAAGUAAUGAACUGAUAGAAAAUUAUUAAUCAAUUGUUU